UGACAGCCCAGUCUCGGAAAAGCAGAGUGGCAAGCAAUCCACAGAGGGGGGAAAAGGUGGGGCGAAACCGGCAGAAAGGAACGAGCGCUAAACCUGGCGCCGAUCCAAGGUGCUUUCCCAUAAACCACAUGCUUCGGCGCAGCUCUUUAUAAAGCGCGACCUCCAAGCAGCCAGCAGUCGGGAGGCAGGCUUUCCUGGGGAUUGUUGUUACGAAGUGGAAGUUCCAGCCCCCUCUUGCCGGCCGCCUACCAAGGGGAGCGGGACUAAUUGCAAGAAAAAGGCGCGCCCUCUUGGCUCUCGCGAAGCAGGACUUGAAGCCCCACGGAGCCCUUGCAGUGCAGUCCCCGGAAUAGUAAGCGCGCGCGCACGGCGAAGCCCAGGAAAACAUGUUUGCCUCUAUGCAACUAGCCUUGUUUCUUCUCGCAACCUGCGGUAUCCAUGUAACUGAACAGAAUAAUUCUGGUUGCCACCGGCUCAUCAUGGCAUCCCACCUUAAGAACUUGACUGAUCUGAUUGAUAGCCAGAUGGAAACUUCCUGCCUGCGAUCUUUUGAAUAUGUGGAUGAAAGGAAACUGGAUAAUACUGAAUGCUUUCUCAAAGCAGCCUACCAUCCCCUGAAAGGUAUCAUUGAUAAUAUUACAUUCAAGAGUAAUACUCCAAACUACGUGAAACUCAGUCUGAUCAAGGGUUUAUACGUGAACCUUGCAAGAUGCAUUAAGCCUCACGAUGAUAAGAAUAAGAAGUGCAUCAAGACCUUCUCCCGUACUGCAGAGCAGACUUUGCAACUGGUGCACAAAUACUUUAGCCAAGCCAAGCAGUUUCUGAGCAAGGCAACAUUCACAGAUGAUUGCAGUGGAGUCUUCCAGAAGUGUUCAGAAUCCCAGGAAAAGGAUGCUGUUUCUCCAGGUGUUGUUAGUGCCCUGGAUUGCAACUGUUCAUCUACAGACCCAAUCAAUGUAGAAGGCUCCACGUAUCUCGUUCCAACCUCUGAGUCUUUCUCUUCCAUUGCAGAGCAGCUGGACAGCAGGAAGACAGCUGUCAGCAUUCGCCAACUACUAAGGCUUCCUGAUACUACUCAAAUUCAUAGUGGGUUAGAGAGCAAUACCAGGUCUAGGGUGACUAGAAGCACUGAUAAAAGCCAAGAAAUCACUGAAAGCAUGGAUUUUGAGGUUGGCAUUGAUGUCCUAUUACCAUCACCAUCAUCACCUUCUCUUUCUAUCCAGAAACAGUUGGAAUCCAUGGAGACCAGAUCUCCCUCCCUGGAUUCCAGAACUGGUGAAAGCCAGAAAAGAUCUGAUGAGUUAGCUUCUCAGCAUCUCCCUCUCUCUGACUUAGCCAAAUCCUUUCUCAAUCAGCAAUGGUUUGAGAUAAAAGACAAAACUGAGGCCAUUUCAGGACUCACAUCUGAUCAGAAUAUCACUGUUGCCAGCAGUGGUUUCCGCUUAACUCUGACAUCACCUUCCAAUUUGGAGGAAAUAGACAGCUCUAGUGCGCCCUCCAGUGGCAGUCCCCAAGUCCUGGGCCACAAAGAGCUUGUCUCUGCAACACAAGAUCCUUCUAGAUUCGUGGCCACCACAGAGAAUUCCUCACCCCCCAAACAAACAUCCCUUGAAAGCAACUCUUGGGGAAAACAAAGUAGCAGAGAUAAAAACUCCAAAGGACUGCAAAACACCCAGCUGCGGGAGAGACGAGAAGAGGGUCUGGCCAAGAAGGACAGGGAAUUGGAGGAUAGCCUGCUGGGACCCAGCUUUGAUCUCAACUUCAUUCCUCCGAACGCAGAGAAGCGCUUCAAGAAGUCAGAGCCCAGAAAUGUCCAAGGGACGUCUGUGACAUAUGUGGUGAUACCCAGUGUCCUGGGAAUCCUGCUAGCCUUGGGAGGUCUGCUGUUCUACUUGCAUAAAUCCAGGAUCCUAAGAAAGAGGCAGACCCAGCAGAUAGGGAAUAAUAUAGAAAGAACAGAAGAACAAAGGUCAUUAAGUGGAGGGGAGGGACACUUGGAGUUGCAGAUUCAAAGGGAAGUAUGAGUUGCGCCAUUCCCUCUGAAGUGAGAAACUGCCUGGGGUUUUGGACUGAAAGCUCCACUUUCAAAGUACAGUUCUGUUGCUAUUAUUGGGAGAAAUUGCACAAAGGAAACUCUGGAACUGAAGCCACAGCAGUACUUUUCCAUGAAGACUGUUUUUAUACUUUUAUUUUUUAAAUAGGAAGGAAUUUGUCAGGAAAAUGGAUGCUAUUUAUUUCCGCUAGCCCAGAUUGGAGUGCAUUAUACAAGUUGCCUUUUUUCUGCCAUUCAGCCAACAAACUGGAGCUUGAGAGAAGAAAGAUAGUCACUUGGACUGCAAAAUUCCAUGUGUGAUGGAGAUGGUCUACUAAGAACUACUGUGCCUAUUCCAUUCUGACAGGGAGCAGAUCUGCAUCCUGAAGAGGCAUCCUCUUCAGAUCUAUCAGAUGUGGAUUCUGCCAUUUGAGCAACUGUGCUAAAGAACGUGGAUGAAAAUUGUCUCCUUCUUUUAGAGCUUCUGGCCUCUCGAACUGCUGAAGACUGCAGGACCUCAACCUCAUGCCAGCUAUUCACGUUUAAGGCACUUUGUCCAUCUCUUAAGCUUUGUAGGUUGCAAAGUACAGUGCACAACAUCUAUGCAUAACACCAUCCAGUUAGCACUCCGCAUAACACACUGUUCAGAGAAAGUUGCUAUCUACUUUUCCAGGAGCUUACAGUUUUAUUCCCAGUAUCCAUUUUUAACCCAACCAUACAAAAUGAGAGAAGUUUUUAGCCUUAAAUUUUAACUUUGUAAUAAAAUGGAUUUUACUUAGAUUUUACGACAAGCCAAUAAAUAAGUACCAUUCCAUACUACACAAGAUAAUGUGCUGGGUACUGGUUAGGAUGGUUUUAAAACAGCUGUGGCUUUUUCUUUAUGUAUUAAUCUGUUUUACUCAGUGAUAAAUGGAGGCUUCCUAUUCAGAGACAAACAAGUGUGUUUCUGAAUGCCAAUAGCUGGAUAGGUGUAAAGAAUAUGAAGGAAUAUUGUUAUGGCGGGCUUGUGGGGUUUAAUAACAGUCUUCCAGUUAGCAGCUAUAGAAUGAGGCAACUGGCCUUUUGUAAGCAAAAUUUAGCCAUGGAGUAUUUAUGUUUUUGAGCCUUAUAUUUUAUCACUGGUACAAGUCACCAGCUGAUUACUUAUGGAAGAGGACUCAGGUUGUAUUGAGAAUUAGUCUUAUUUCCUUUGUUUCCCUUGACAUCGUAGGAAGUAUUACUGAGGCACUGUUAACUGAUAAGAGAUGCUCGGAAAGUGUUUUUCCCCUGAAAUGGGUUUCGAGUGUGAGUGGAACCAUGUUUGAAAUGUAGCUGUGCUGAAUUGCUGUUUAGAUUUUCUGUCUUCUAGACCUCAUCAACACAACCAACAAUGAAAUUCUACAGCAGAACAAACAUGUAGGCAUGCAAAAGUCCCAAGCAUGGGCAUGCUCCUAGAAUGGCUGAAAUCCUGUGCCUUCGGGGCAUCUGUUUUUGUAUUUUUCCAUCAGGUCAAGGUGUCCCUUCCCCAAAAGACUUUUCAAACUAUAUUUUACUUCAGUAGAUCUGUGUGCCCAUAAUACUUUGCCCAGCAGAUAUAAAGUAAGAAUGUGCUUGCAUGGAAGGCAUGGACUGAGAUUGGGGCCCUUAACCCCCUUCUUUGCUUGCUGAUUCUUUGCCUGGCUGUGUCCUUCAGUAUUAGAACUUGGCUGCAGAAACAAACUUCAGAUUCUUUUGUUGUAGAUGAAUCCCUAGUCUUCAAAGGAGUCAGCAUGGCUUCCUGUCCAUUGUCUGUACCUGCAAAGGUUAGGCAUUUUCUUUAGUAGAGCAACAAAACUGUGAGGCUCAGCUGAGAGCUCCAUGUGUUUGUCUUGAAAUAAGUAGCUCUGCCUUUUAAGCUUUAGACCCAGACUCUUCUAGAUAAGGAUUUGUCCAGGAUGUUAAACCCCUUCAUUCUUUUUUCCAUGUUGUAGUGGAGAGUUGAGCUAUAAGAAGCAAAUGGGAGCUGCAUAUUUACAGCCAUGUUUUGAAGGGAAGCAGAGCGAAAUGUUGCACUUUCUAUGCUUAAGAGGUUUUUUGUUGUGCUUUGCUUGUGAGAACAUUCCAGCUCUUCAAGAGAUAGUCAUUCUGGCGUCCUGCUUCAUUUCAACCCAUGUGCUUUUCUUCUUCUGUAAUUGACAUUUUGCUCUUCCCUGUUUCGGCAAGGUAGGUGAAGGUUCUGAGCUGGUCUCUGGGAAUGCUGCUGCCUUUGCUGCUUGAAAGUUAAUGAACCAGAUCAAUGUUGAUAGACAUUUUUUUUAAAGAGGACGUGGAUGUAAGAAAUCAGGUUCUGUGAGGAAUGAUUGCUGAACAAUGCAUUGUAAGUUGCUUUAUUGAUGUGAGCAGGCCUCAGUUUCCCUUUUUUAUUUUAUUACAGUAGAACUUAAUGGCGGUUUUGAGGUUUAAGCGUUAGCUUUGUAUAGGUCAUUGAGCCAUAGCACAGGAUCAGCUCUGGCUUGCUUCCAAGGAAGAUCAGUGUCCGUCCCCCUCCCCACCCCCUCACCUUUGAGCCAGGUUUAUCAUUGUGCAUGGAUGUAGCAAUUGAAUUGUUCUGUCUUAAGCACUUGCUUGCUGGCACAGUAAAUGUUUAAUAUUAAAGUCAGGUCCUAAGAACCACAUUCCCCUGCCGUUUUUUUUAAAAGUUGCUUUUUAAGAGAGUUGCAAUUCUGGUUCAAACUGUGUUUUUUUUAAUAUAUAUAUAUAUAUAUAUAUUACAAACAAAUAUUUUAUAUAAUUUUUUAAUGUCAAAUGUUUAUUUAAAGAUAGAAAAUGAUGUAUUUAAUAAACACUUUUAAAAGCUUUC